AAAUUAAUCCUAAGAUUGAGUAUUCGAGCUCAAGCAUAUACUGCGAUUAGUAAAAAUAAUAAAGCUUUAGUUGAUCUGACAAGAUUAUUAGAAAUUCAUCCUGAUAAUAAGAAGGCAUUAGAAUGUUUUGUUUUUAUGAAUAAUAAUGAAGAGA